AUAGGAUGGAGAUGAGCCAAGUGAUCCACAUCGAAUUAAUCUCGAUUACCAUGACAAGCUACAUGGAUGGGUAGCUCAAAGGAGACAACGCCAGAAUGGAAAAUGUGAAACGUUUUACUUUCAUAAGAGCAAAGAUAGUAUGUGUCGAUCUAUUAAUGAAGUGAGAAGACAUAUUUUCCAAGGUGAAAAACUGAAGGUAGAAAUUAAUCUAGAGACAAAAGCAGAAAAAGUGACUGUGAUUAAGGUUGCAAACAAGAGAUCCAAGAAAAGAAAAGGAGAAUCUUCAAUCUCGGAGAAGGAAUCUGCUAUAAAGAAACACAAAAGCAAUGGAGGCGACAAUUAUGAAAAAAUAGAGGUUGAAAAAUUUCUCAAAGAUGCACAGGACAACCUGACGAACAUGGAUGAAACACAAAGACAAGGGACAAUGUUCUUAAAUAGUGGGGCUGAUCAAGUAGAAGCUUGAAAGCAAUGGGAUGAAAGUGUGUGUUCAAAUAUUGUUCUUAAAAAAGCAUGAAUGUUUUCUGUUUUUUUUUAAACAUAUGCAUAUGAAUAUGACGAUAACUCAACGAAUUUGCAUAUGCAGUUGACUUUCUAGUAUUUUAAGUACUUAUAAUAUCAA